AUGAACUGGGUGAUGAUUGAAUAUCUCACCGCUCCUGAUAUGAUGUCUGUACUUCGACAGAUGACAUUGAUUCUUUUCAUUACAAUCAAUGGAUUACAUUGUGUCAACAAAUCGGCGUUGUUCGCUGACAAUCGUCAAGUUGAUGCUCAAUUUGCAUUUGUUACGGAAGAAAACUGUCGUGCAAUCGAACUGAGUGAAGAGAUCCCAAACGGAAGCCGCUUCCGUCCACGAGAAACAGUUCGUGUCACAUAUACGAUACGUUGGCUGAAUCGAAAAUACGAACACAUGACGAAUCUUGAUUGCUAUUAUAAUUGUCAUCAAGAAACUUUUCAUGUGUGGUACACUUCACGAUGGACAUUUGGUGAAGUUUUCACAUUAGAUGAUGCAUUCGGAUACAUAACUAAAAUAGAAACAAUUGUUCCAUUACGAUACAAUUCUACCACGAUUUAUCCACUUCAACUUCGUACACUUGCUAUGUCAUAA